CCCAUAAUCUGAAUCAAGAUCCCCGUGGAGGUCUCCGUGGCGGGAAGAGGAGCAGCUGUGUGUGCGCCCAGACUUUUUCUCCCAGGCAGGCUGUUCAAGCAUAAGAGCACAAUAUUCCCCGUAAUAAGCAAACAAGAUGGCGGGCUACGAGCGUACACUAUUACUAUGGAGACUAAUGGCGAGGGGCGGCGGUCUGCUCCCAAGCUGAGAGAAAUAUUCACCAGGCAGCGGCAGGACUCGGACGCUAGUAUGACCGACUGCCCUGACAUUGAAUUCAACUAUGACGACGCUGACUUACCAGAGAAUGAGGUCACCGAGCUGUACUCCUACACUGAGGGCCCAGAGUACCAGCUCAACCUCAAGGCAUGGGAGGAGGUGUGUGGGGAGCUGGGGGUGGUGCCGCUGUGGCAGUCAGCAUCAGAUGUGAGCCACCGUGCACUCAUCAUCCGCCUAGCAGACCACCUUGAGCUGUCAUCCCGCACACACCGCAUGAGAGCAGCCCGGGCCAUCCUGUACAUUGUGCAGGGUUGCUGGGGUGAGGUGCAGAGUGACCGGGAGCAGGGCAUGUGGGCGCGACGCAAUGUGUUCCUGCUGGUGCAGUGUGGUGUGUGGGCAUCCUUCCUCCAGCUGCUGCACCUCGAGAUUGACAAUGUUGGGAACUCAGAGGGGCAGCGCAAGUUGGCGGUGUCAGCCAGCCUGGCAGAUUCGGCUGACCUGCGGGUGAUCCUGUCCGUCAUGUACACCAUUGUGGAGACGCUCAGGGUGCCAUGCGAUGAGGACAAUGAGGCACAGACGCAGACCAGGUUAUGCUUUUGUGAGGAGCUUGGGCAGCCACAGGGAGAGGAUGGGGAGCUGGUGGCCAUGACCCUGCUAGGGAUGGUGACCAAGUUCUGUAACUCGUCAGCCCCACACUUCCCCAUCAGGAAAGUGCUGCUGCUGCUCUGGAAGGUGCUGCUUUCCUCCCUGGGUGGCACACAGCAGCUGGCCAUCAUGAAGAAUGAGUACCGGCAGAAGCACGGGCUGCAGCCAUGUGAGGAGGACACCCUGGCCGUGGCGCGCACCAUGAGGGCCUCCUCUCCCCCUGCCUCUGCCGCUGACCUCAUAGAGCAACAAAACAACCAGAAGAGGCGGCCAUUCAGAAGGCAAGGGCUAAUGAAGCAGAGCAGCCUGGAUGACAGUGUGGGGGAGCUGGACCUGACAGCCGCAGCAGAUGACGAUGACCAGCCAACCAAUGACAUUGAUGAGCCCCCAGACCUGCCCCAGCCACCCUCACCCCGCCCCGGCACCCCUGUCGCCAAUCACACCACAAACAAGGGCCUGCCGUGGACGCCCAAGGUGAGGCAGAAGGACAUCGACUCCUUCCUGGACAACACUCGCAUCAAGUUUGUUGGGUUCCAGCUGCAGGGCGACCGCACCUCCCUGGCCGGCCUGCCACAGCCCAUCCAUGAAGGGGUCAAGGUGCUCAGCAAGCAUGUGUACGUGUCCCUGUCAGAGAAGCAGAUCCGGCAGGAGGAGGAAAUGACCAAGAACCCAUUGUCUCACCCAGAGAUAGAGGUUCCCCAGACACCUGCCGAGAUUCUGUACCAGGCCAUGCUGCCCACACUUCCCCAAUGCAUGAUCGCCUUGCUCAAGAUCCUUCUGGCUGCUGCCCCAACCUCCAAGGCCAAGACAGACUCCAUCAACAUAAUGGCUGACGUUCUGCCUGAGGAGAUGCCCAUGACAGUGGUGCAGAGCAUGAAGCUUGGCGUGGACGUCAACCGCCACAAGGAGGUGCUGGUGAAGGCCGUCUCUGCCACACUGCUGUUGCUCCUCAAACACUUCCGCCUCAACCAUGUCUACCAGUUUGAGUUCAUGUCGCAGCAUCUGGUCUUCGCCAACUGCAUCCCACUCAUCCUCAAAUUCUUCAACCAGAACAUCAUGGCUUAUGUGCAGGCCAAGAACUGGAUACCUCUGCUGGACUUCCCGGCAUGCGUGAUCGGCGACCCGCCAGAGAUGACGGCAGAGGCGCUGGAGGCUGGCACUGCGGGGCUGGGGAGCGGCAACACCAGUCCGGGGGGCAGCACUUGCAGUCCUGGAGGUGGCAUCACAGGGGAUGGUGGCGGCAUCAUCAACCAGGGCACCGUCACCUGCUGCUGGCGGAACAUGUUCUCCUGCACCAACCUGCUGCGCAUCCUCAACAAGCUGUGCAAGUGGAAACACUCGCGCAUCAUGAUGCUGGUGGUGUUCAAGUCAGCACCAAUACUCAAGAGAACACUCAAGGUGAAGCAUGCCAUGAUGCAGCUGUACGUGCUCAAGUUGCUCAAGAUGCAGACCAAGUACCUGGGGAGGCAGUGGCGCAAGACCAACAUGAAGACAAUGAGUGCCAUUUACCAGAAGGUACGGCACCGGCUGAACGAUGACUGGGCAUACGGCAAUGACCCUGAUGCACGGCCAUGGGACUUCCAGGCAGAAGAGUGUGCGCUGCGGGCGUGUGUGGACCGAUUCAACUCCCGCCGAUACAACUCCAGCAUUGACCCGGAGUUUGAGCCACUGGACAACUGUGUGACGAGUGUCCUAGGCCGGCCAGUGGAGCUGACAGAGGAGUUCAAAAAGCACUACGAGGUGUGGCUGCAGCAGGAGGUUUUCUCAGCCUCUAUAGACUGGGACCAGCUCCUUGUCCCAAACAUAUGAGUGAUGGCAGCAGACAAACACAUGUGAUACAAACUUUAUUAUUACACAGUGUAGACUUUGUGCUAUAUAUGUGUGUGAAUGAGAAAGUGUGUGUGUGUGUGUGUGUGUGUGAAAAUCUUUAUGACAGUAUAGAGAGCUUGUGCUGUAUGUGUGUGAGUGAGAGUGUAUGAGUGUGCGUGAUUGUGUGUGAAAACCUUCAAUACAGUGUAGAGAUCUUGUGCUAUAUCUAUAUGUGUGAGUGAAAGAGUGGCUGUGUGUGUGUACGUGAAAACCUUGCAUUUUACCAACACCCAGAAUCCUGAUACUGUUGAAAUGUAAGAUUCAGUCAGUAUCUUGCAGAGAGUGAGACGUGACAGUCAGUGGGAUAGAUUGAAGCCUCCACAGACCUGAGAUGUACUAGUGGCGUGAAUGCCUGACAAUUGUGCCAUCAGGAGGCAGAUCUGACCUCACACUCCCACUUAGCUUCUCCUGCUGUGGUGUUCCUCUGUACAGUUUCUCAAUCAUUGUGUGGUAAAGAAGAGAAGAGUGGCUACCAAACACAGGUUAUGCACGUAUUGAUUAGAGAGUCCGUUAGGAGAAUCUCAGUGACAGACUUACUUGAUUCCUUUUGUGUGUUAUCUUAUGUUGUCUGGUGAAAUGAUUUGUUAGAGGUAACUGUUCUGGCGUCGACAAGGUUACAUCUGUUGAAUUAUUCUUUGAUGAAGCUUUAAUUACAAUUUAUGAAGUGGAAA